CAACCAGGACCAGCGCUCUGAUCUUUGUCUUACCCGAAAUAUUCAGCGGUGCUGGACAUGGAUCGGAAGCUCCAUGAGGCAGUCCUAAGGGGCGACGUACCCGCCUUUCUCAAUCUUAUUAGAGAAGACGAAAGCAUUAUCGAGCAAACAACCUUCUACCUUUUGAACACUGUAUUACACAUAGCUGCCAAGUUUGGACACCUGGAAUUGGCUUCAGAGAUCAUUAAGUUACGGCCAGAAAUGGGAUCGGCAGAGAACGAGAAGAUGGAAACUCCAUUGCAUGAAGCAUGUCGUGAGGGACAUGUGAAUAUGAUAGAGGUGUUGUUGGAGGCUGACCCUUGGGCUGCCUACAAGCCAAAUCGCAAUGGUGAGAGUGUCCUCUAUGUGGCUACUUAUCAUGGCAAGGUCGACGCAGUGAAGUAUCUCUUGAACGAUCCCCGUCUCCUUAUGUUGGAAGAUGAUAGAUUUGCAACUUCGCUUCAUAUUGCAGCAUCUGCUGGCCAUUUAGACAUUGUUAAGGAAAUAAUUGAAUUACGCCCAGAUUUUGCAUGGAAAAGAGACUUCCAAGGACAUUCUCCCUUGCACUUGGCUUGUAACAAGGGCCAUUUAGAGGUAACAAGAGAGCUUCUGAAGCUGGACCCAGACCUGUCUUUCUUGCAAGAUAACGAUGGUAGAACUUCACUCCAUUUAGCAGCUAUUAAAGGCCAAGUAGAUAUCCUAGAUGAGAUCCUCUCAACCAGUCCAGAAUCGGCCGGUAUGUUGACGGGCCAAGGAGAAACGGUUCUACAUCUUGGUGUCAAGAACAACCACUACGAAGCAAUCAAGUUUUUGGUGGAGGCGCACAACAUCAACGAACUUCUAGACUUUCCAGACCACGACCGCAACACCAUACUGCAUCUAGCGACGGCUAGGAAUCUCACCAGAAUUGUUACGUACCUCGUGACUGAGACAGAUAUUGAUGUCAAUGCUCUCAACCGCAAAGGAUGCACGGCUCUCGACAUUGCCGAGUCCAGAGCUGGAAAUUCCGGUUCUCUCAACCUUAUUCUUGCACUGAAGGAAGCCGGUGGUAAGAGAAGCCAUCAAUUGACACACGGAUCGACCGAUCAUUCACCCAAUAUCCAGAACAAAUGGGAAAGGUUGCAUGGAAAUCAUUUGCCUGCUGCUCCAUGGUCGAAAACUAUCUUGGAUUUCCCUCCAAUCAAUCGCCUACAACAAAGACACUACAGUCGCCGGAGGAAGCAACAUAAACUCCACUAUGCGAGUGUACAGAAUGCUCAAAACACACUAGUCAUAGUUGCUGUUCUAAUAGCCAGUGUUACAUUUUCUGCUGGCGUUAACCCUCCCGGCGGUGUUCACCAAGAUGGGCCAUUUGCUGGGAAGUCAACAAUGGGAAGGGCCACCCAUUUCAAGGUCUUCAUGAUUAGCAAUAACAUGGCACUUUUCCUGUCACUUGGCAUCGUCGUUGUCUUGCUCAGCAUCAUCACUUUCAGACGGAAACCAUUGAUGAAACUAUUGACCGUGGCCCAUAAGGUCAUGUGGGUUUCCGUGUCAUGUAUGGCCACAGGUUACAUGGCAGCCACGUGGAUCAUCAUGCCACAUGGCAGAGGAACAAACUGGGUUUUGGCAGCUCUAUUGUCAAUUGGCGGAGGGUGCAUAAUGUUAGUAUUUGUGGGCCUCGGGUUGAUGUUGGCACGCCACUGGCUUAGGAAACGGGAAUGGAGGAAGAAGAACGACAAGAAGAGAAAGAGGACUACUGGUCGUAUCAUAAGCCACAAAAUCGGUAUAUCCUGCUGCCACAAAAGGAGUCUUGGUUCUGGCAUAAACAGAAUGGGAAUGGGGAGUCCUUUUAGCAGAACAACCUGCAACAACUAUUCGAGCUUUGACUCCACUAACUCUGAUUUGGAGAGCUCAGAGUUAGAGGGUCUUCAUCCAUUGUAAAUUUGUAAUGUCGUCCCUCUGUAAUUAACGAUCCGUUUGUUUAGUGCAAAUUUCAUUUGCACGUACGGGUGUAAAUGCACUAAUGUAGGGAAGUGCCAAUGGGUUUGAGUGUAAAUUCUGAUUUGCUUUCUUUUCCAUAUUUGACUUCGCCUUAUUUGGCUGUGAAAAGUAAAAUAAGAUGUAAAAUUAUGUGGUUCUCGCUUUAUAUGAAAAAUAAUAGAGGCAGAUCAA